AUCUAAAGUUCCGGUAUAUGACGCACCCUCGCGGACAGGAACAAUAACUCUAAUUUUAGUGACUGAAUUUCCGAAGUAAUCAAGAUGAGAAUGAGAUUGAGAGGGGUAGGAAGAAAACGAAGUUUUGAUAGAACUGUGGUCAAGAAAUGUCCAAAAUGUGAACAACAGAUUCCAGUUGCAUGUAAAUUUUGUUCCUGUGGACACCAGUUCUGGUCAAAAAAGUUUCCAUCACUGAUAUCCGGAUCCCAUGACAACGAUUCAUCAACAGGUAGAGUUAGGAGAACAGAGAGAACAAGGAGAGACAGUCAGAGGCCAGAUUACUUCAAUUCAGUGGUCAUCGACACACAGUCAAAAAGAGGCAGACGAAAAUCCCAGUCAUUACCAGCACAUCAUGGACAGGGGGAUACCACUUCUUCCCCAGCAUCAAUAGAGGGCAGUCCAGUGAAGCGACGAAGAGGGAGACCUAGAGGAACAUCUAAUAAACCCCUCUUACCAGAUAGGAGCAUCUCUAAAAGCAGUACACCCCCACCCCCUCCCUCUCCUCCUGUGGAGGUGGACAUGCAUGCAGACUUAGCACCAGAGAGAUUAAAACAGUUCCAGUACAUUCUCAUGGACCUCAAUGCAAAGUAUUGUACACAGAACUUCAAACCAAGCUGACAUACUUAUAUGAAGCAAACUACGGUGUAGAGUCUUCAUUUUGGAAUUAAACCUGAGAAGCUGAGUGUUUGAAGACACAAGUUUUAAAAGCUUGAGCAGAGGGUUUUAAGAGACGAGUUUUAGAAGAAACCUGUGCAAUGUUUGAAGGGACAAGUUUAAGAAGGUUGAGCAAUAUUUGAAAGAGACAAUUUUAGAAGCUUGUGCAGUGUUUGUAGAAGCUUGCUGAAUUGUGGUUUUUAGGUAUAAUACAUAGUAUGUGUUCAUCUCUGUAAAACAUCAGAAUCUAACAGCAGGUGAAAUGUUCCCUAGCUGCAUGUAAGACUUUGCAUCUGUGACAUUCAUUUCAGCACAGAUUAAAUAAUGGGGCAUGUAUUUAUAAAAACAUUUGUUUAGUAAGAUAACACUACAUUAUAACAUAUAGACUCGCAUUGAGUUAUCAACUGAAGAAAUAUUCAUCGUUAGUAAUACAUGUAUCAAAAAAUCAUUUUAUAUUAGAGUGUUACAAUGUACGAAAAGCUGCAUCUUGAUAUUUUGUCGCCGUUUUUGGUUUUUUUUUUAUUCUUGAAUAGGUAUUAAACGGAACAAACUUAAAUACAUGUACAUAAGUGUAUUAUUUUGCUAAAGUGUAUUCUGGUCCUAUAAUUGUGUUGGAUCUAUAAACCUUUUUCCACAUUUUUCAGAAAUCUUUUGAAUGAGAAUUAAAUAGUAUCAUUUUUUUUUAAUUUCUUGUCAAAACAGAUCUGCUCUAUAGACCUGAUAUAAACAUCACCUUCUAAACAAUUUUAAAAUUGUUUGGUAAAGUGCAUUAUAUUAUUGGCAGCAUGUGCAGUCAUAUUUAGACUGACUUUGUCAAUAAAUACUGUACAAUU